GAGGAGGAGGAGGAGGAGAAGGAGGACGGGGAGGUGGGAGAGACAGGGAGAGUGUGCACACAGCAGCUGCCGGCAUCCCUGUCUGAGGGACUUCUUUGCUGAUUCACAGAGGCAGCCUAGCCUGGGCCUCCCAGCUUCCCAGCUACUGCCAGCUUCGCAGACCUGACGGAAUCAGAAGGUGCUUGAUGCUCCACAGUUGGUCUGCUGCCAAUCCUCACCCUCCAUGAGCCUUGGUUCUGAUGCAACCUUUGGUCAUGCAGGGAUGCCCUUACACCCUCCCACGAUGUCAUGAGUGGCAUGCUGCUGACCGGUUUCAUCACAGCAGCAGCCUCCGAAACACCUGUCCCCAGCCUCAGGUUAGAGCUGCGGUCACCAUCCCUGCACCACCCUGGGAUGGUGCCGGGGAUCCCUGCCUAAGUCCAAAGCACUUGAACGGGUCUGUUGGGCCCCUGGAGCCAUCAGCCAUGAAUCUGUGUUGGAAUGAAAUAAAAAAGAAGUCUCACAACCUCCGUGCUCGCCUAGAGGCCUUCUCAGACCACAGUGGAAAACUUCAGCUCCCGCUCCAAGAGAUUAUUGACUGGCUCAGCCAAAAGGAUGAGGAGUUGUCAGCUCAGCUCCCCUUGCAAGGGGAUGUGGCCCUGGUACAACAGGAAAAGGAGACACAUGCGGCCUUCAUGGAAGAAGUCAAGUCUAAGGGUCCCUACAUCUACUCUGUGCUGGAAUCCGCUCAGGCUUUCCUGUCCCAGCAUCCAUUUGAAGAAUUAGAGGAGUCUCAUUCUGAGAGCAAAGAUACCUCCCCCAGACAGCGGAUUCAAAACCUUAGUCGUUUUGUAUGGAAGCAGGCGACAGUGGCCAGUGAGCUGUGGGAGAAGCUGACAGCCCGCUGUGUGGAUCAGCAUCGCCACAUUGAGCAUACUCUGGAACAUCUAUUGGAGAUCCAAGGGACCAUGGAGGAAUUGAGCAGUACUCUGACCCAAGCAGAGGGAGUCCGAGCCACGUGGGAGCCCAUAGGGGAUCUCUUUAUUGAUUCCCUCCCAGAGCAUAUCCAAGCCAUCAAGUUAUUCAAAGAAGAAUUCUCUCCUGUGAAAGAUGGAGUGAAGUUAGUGAAUGAUCUGGCCCACCAGCUUGCCAUCUCCGAUGUGCACUUGUCAAUGGAGAAUUCCAGGGCUCUGGAACAGAUCAACAUCCGAUGGAAACAGCUCCAGGUGUCAGUGGCUGAGAGGCUUAAGCAGCUCCAGGAUGCCCACCGGGACUUUGGGCCGGGGUCACAGCACUUCCUUUCCACUUCUGUCCAAGUUCCCUGGGAAAGAGCAAUUUCUCCCAAUAAAGUCCCCUACUACAUCAACCACCAGGCUCAGACCACAUGCUGGGACCAUCCUAAGAUGACCGAGUUAUACCAAACCCUAGCCGAUCUGAACAACAUUAAGUUCUCAGCAUACCGCACUGCCAUGAAGCUCCGCAGAGUCCAGAAGGCCCUGCGCUUGGAUUUGGUAACUUUAACUACAGCUCUGGAGAUCUUCAACGAGCACGACUUACAGGCCAGUGAACAUGUAAUGGAUGUGGUGGAAGUCAUUCACUGCUUGACUGCCUUGUAUGAACGGCUGGAGGAGGAAAGAGGCAUCCUGGUCAAUGUGCCACUGUGUGUAGACAUGAGCCUCAACUGGCUCCUCAAUGUUUUUGAUAGUGGUCGCAGUGGAAAGAUGCGAGCACUGUCCUUUAAGACUGGCAUCGCAUGCCUGUGUGGCACGGAAGUGAAAGAAAAACUUCAGUAUCUCUUCAGCCAAGUGGCCAAUUCAGGCAGCCAGUGUGAUCAACGCCAUCUUGGUGCCCUGCUUCAUGAAGCCAUUCAAGUGCCCCGUCAGCUGGGUGAAGUGGCAGCAUUUGGGGGCAGCAAUGUGGAGCCCAGUGUCCGUAGUUGCUUUCGCUUUAGCACUGGCAAGCCAGUCAUUGAAGCUUCCCAGUUCCUGGAGUGGGUCAACUUGGAACCCCAGUCUAUGGUGUGGCUGGCUGUUCUGCAUCGGGUCACCAUCGCUGAGCAAGUGAAGCAUCAGACCAAGUGCUCUAUCUGUAGACAGUGCCCCAUCAAAGGGUUCAGGUACCGGAGUCUGAAACAGUUUAAUGUGGAUAUCUGCCAGACGUGCUUCUUGACAGGCAGGGCCAGCAAAGGGAACAAGCUCCACUACCCCAUCAUGGAGUAUUACACACCGACCACAUCUAGUGAAAACAUGAGGGACUUUGCCACAACCUUAAAGAAUAAAUUCCGCUCCAAGCAGUAUUUCAGCAAACACCCUCAGCGAGGUUAUCUGCCUGUGCAGUCAGUCCUGGAGAGCGACUGCAGUGAGACACCCGCUUCUUCCCCGAUGUUGCCACACGCUGACACACACUCUCGAAUUGAACAUUUUGCCAGCAGGCUUGCUGAGAUGGAAAGUCAAAAUUGUUCCUUUUUUAAUGACAGCCUGUCCCCGGAUGAUAGCAUCGAUGAGGACCAGUACCUGUUGCGGCACUCCAGCCCCAUCACAGACAGAGAGCCAGCCUUUGGACAGCAGGCUCCAUGCAGCAUGGCCACAGAAAGCAAGGGGGAGCUAGAGAAGAUCCUGGCCCAUUUAGAAGAUGAGAACCGGAUUCUCCAGGGAGAGCUGAGGCGCCUGAAAUGGCAGCACGAGGAGGCAGCCGAAGCACCUACCCUGACUGAGGGCUCUGCUGAAGCCACCCCAGACCACCGCAAUGAAGAGCUUCUGGCUGAAGCCAGGAUCCUGCGGCAGCACAAGAGCCGCCUGGAGACGCGCAUGCAGAUCCUUGAGGACCACAACAAGCAGCUAGAGUCUCAGCUGCAACGCCUGAGGGAGCUGCUCCUGCAGCCACCCAGUGAAUCAGAUGGCAAUGGCUCUGCAGGCUCCUCCCUAGCUUCCUCUCCACGCCAGUCAGAAGGCAGUCAUCCCCGGGAGAAGGGACAGACUACUCCAGACACUGAGGUUGCAGAUGAUGUGGGAUCAAAGAGUCAGGAUGUCAGCCUAUGCUUAGAAGACAUCAUGGAGAAGCUCCGCCAUGCCUUCCCCAGUGUGCGAAGCUCUGACGUGACUGCGAACACUCUGCUGGCCUCUUGAUGGAGUCAGAGCCCCAUCCUGUAGUUCAUAGUCCUUUCCCGAUUCUUGUCAAUGCCUUCCUUCCCUUAACCUUGGCCCAACCUUUCCAGGAACCACUGGCCCCACGUUCCUCAGCCAGAGAUAUUUGGGCCUGGGGCAGCAGCAGGGAUCUAAUGGUAUGUGAGAUGUGCUGGGGGAAGAGGGGAGGAGAGGUGUGAUUCCAUUGACUCUAGAAAUGUACCCAUUAAUCCUCAAGAUUGAGCUUGUCCUUUAUGUUAUUCUGCUCUUGCAGCCCAGACAAAGGCCCUUGUCACCCAGAUAAGGAGCAGAAAGUUACUUUGCAGAGCUAAGCAGUGCCCACUGGUCCCUUUCGCUUCUCCAUGGAAUCAUAGAAGUGAAAGUCUAAUGGCCCCAAGGUCCUGCAUUAUUGAUCCCCCAAGGGUUAUUUCUACCCUCUGGCUCAAUUGAAAGAGACAAAUGGUUACUGCUGAGACACUCAUCCAAAGAGCCCCUUGGGAAAUCUGGGCAGUUUAUAUCCUAUUAACUCAGCUCCAGAGCAUAGUUCUCACCUUGAGGAUUCUAUCAACAUGGAUUUUCCCUCACGUAUCUAAUUAAUUCAUCCUGCCACAGUACAUACCAGAGCUUCUCUGGUAAAGGAGCAAUUCAUUGUAGAUGUGCUUCCACCCGAUAUUUGGAAACAUUAAAGAAAUACUUGUUUCUUUAUAUCCCCCUUCCCCAUGCUCCUGUUUUCUGAUGGCCUUGGCAUCCCAAGAGACUCAUUGAGAUGCUCUGGAAACCCAUCGGAAGCCACUCUUUUUGGUUUUCUGAGUCUAUCCUCACUGAUCUGCUAGCAGGAGUGGCAGCUUCUUCAGCAAAGAGGUCUCUCUCUCUCUCUCUCUCUCUCUCUCUCUCUCUCUCUCUCUCUCUCUCUCUCUCUCUCUCUCUCUCUCUCUCUCUCUCUCUCGUGUGAGAAAGGAAAAGAAACCCUCUAUCCUAGGGGAAUAUGGGCCUGACACUCUCCAGGAUAUAACCAUGUGAUAGCAUAGGUUGGACUGGGUGAGAUGGCUGAUUGCCCCCAGAUAUUCACUGGAAAGUUCCAACUGACCAGCCUGAAUAAUGAUCCCUGCUUCAAAGCUACUAGACUUGAAUCAGAAAACUGGCCACAUUCCACCCAAGAUGGAAUAGCAGCAAGGUCUUCCUGAGCAUAAAACUGUUGCUAACAGAGAAAGGUGAACCCAGUCCUCAAAAUGAAUUAACUUUUCCUAGGCUGUAUAGACUCUGACUCCUCUGUCCAGUAACUGUUCAAAAUAGAGUCUGGAUGUCUGGAUGUGGAAAGAGUGGCUUGGGGAACGUGGAGCAGAGACAGAGUACAUUUAGACUACUUUCUACCGAGGAGAGCUUUCACCCCAGAGCCUUGCAAUGGACUAAAUUUUGAGUAUAUAUAUAUAUAUAUAUAUAUAUAUAUAUAUAUAUAUAUAUAUAUAUACACACACACACACACACACACAUAUAUACUGUACAUCGGUGCUCUCCCAGCCUCACUCACAUAUUAAAUUCUAAUAGUUCUUAAAGAAUUAGUGUCCUGCCUUGCUCUUUGUUAGUCUCAGUCCCUAGCAGAAAGAUGAAGGAAGGCAUCCUGGCUGUGCCCUCAGGAUGUUUUUUUCUACACGGAUAUUUGAUGUAAAUUGACCUUUAGACCAAUGCAAGGAAAGUCUGUAGCCACAGAGACAUCUAACAGGGAGAGGCAUUCUGUUCUCUUCACUAAUUUCAGACUUUGUUCCACUGAGACUUGGGCCUUGGGUAAAAAUUUCUUACCACCCUUAAACAAUGAUUCAGAAACCAAAAUAGAGCACACCCAAGCUCUACCCACUCUACAAAAAGGAAGGACAAAGGGCAUAUGAUAGUCUUUGCCAGGCUAAGACAUAGAAUGCAUCCUAUGGCCCCUAUUAGGACCUAAGGUCUGAAUCAUGGCCUUACAGAAUGCAGUGGUUGUCACCAGUCAGGAGAAAGUGAGAUGUUUAGAGUUCUGUAUUAUAAACCAAGCCGCAGCAAACACAUGGAACUGCUAGGAAUCUAGAUUGAUCUCUUCCAAGGAGGUAGAGCAGUAUCUUGGCUCCAAAAGCCUGGAUUGCAUUCUCCCCAACCAAGCCACAGAUUCAAGGGUCAAAUUUCGUGCCUGGGGGUCUGGGUAUCUGCUUAUAUUGUGAGCAUUUAAAGGCAAUCAUCAAACACAGAACUGGGUCAUAAGUCAAAAUGAGGCAUCUUUGUAGGAGCCUAGAUUGUGGGCAGGAUUCAGACCAAUUUGUUGUGGAACAGAGGACUCAGAAACUAUGAAGUAUGUGCCUCCCUAUGCCUUAGGAGCACAGAUACUAUUAAACAAACUAAGAGACCUUUUUAAAGCCUCCACUUGGGCUCUGAGGCCAUCUAGGGUCUAUGACAAUUUUAUUGGAACUGACUUGAUAGAAAAGAUGUUGAUCUUGUUAUGUAGGGUUGGUGCUGGAUGUAGACCGAAGCAGCAGGUCAAGAUUGAAGCCUCACUAAAGGAGUCACCAGCAUUUUGCCAUCUUGUGAUUACAUGCAAUGCCUCCAAACGAAUCUAUUGCUCCGAGAUCCAGUAGCAGUCACUGUUCCAUAUGUAGGCAAGUUGCCUGCAGUGAUGAAAAUGGCUCCUUGGACAGUGUGAAUUCACACUGGGGUUGAAUUUAGCAAAUUGUGUUCUGUGUUACUGGGUAUGUUGUGUGUUGAAGCUCUUGUGUAAUGUAUAGCCCUAGAGUUGAAGGUAGUGAAGGAGUUGCUGGAGUUUAAAGAAAACCUUUCGACUUAUGAGAUAGCAUCUGUGAUGAGGAAUGUGUAUACUGCAUUUGUUAUCAAAUAGUGUAGGCAAUUUCUUCUGGACAGAAUUUGAUAGAGAACAAUAAGCCAUAGCUGUGCUUUAGGCUCAAGCAACGUGGCUUCGCCUUGAUUGGCAAUUGUUAGGGAAGGCUGACUGGCUAGAAAACAAGGCUGUGCUAUGUAGUUCCAUAGAGAGUUUUCUACCCAGGAGGACAUGUGCCCUUCUCUUCAGAAUGCAAGGGUGAGAAUCAAGGUUCACAAUGUUUCUCACAAGGCCCAGGCUCAGGCAGUACUUCACAAUGGGGAAACCUGAUUGAGAUUUUCAGGUGUUUUAUGAACUGGUCUGGCAGGCCACAAUAGUGAAAGAACAAACCAAGGGGCAAGGCAGAGGCAAAGCCUGGGAGAUUUUUUUUUUACCACCCAAUUAAUUUUAAGGACUACCAUCCCUUCCUGGGGUAUGUGUUUUUAAAGGGUUUAGGGGUUUAGUCCCCAGCUUCAGACUAGAGCAUUUGUUUGAAAGCAACAUUUUCAGUGGCAGAGUUGUGGACUAUUUUCUGUUAUUAAUUCCAUCCAAUUUCCUUUGGUACUUUUUGACAAAUAACCAAUGAAGUUAGGAACAGUCCUGGGAGAGAACCUAAGGCUGUGGAAGUUUAGCUCCUCGGCUGGAUGGUCCAAUAUGUGGGCCUCCCUGCAGAAACCUGGGACUUGGGACAAAGAAAUACUUCAGCAAUUCCUCGCUGUUUUAACACUUGUGACUGUGGAGAGGGGAAAAGUCAAGGCCAGGGCUCCACUCUGAGUGUCCUUCUCCUCCUUUACCUGUCAUUUUUGGAAAGGCAGACUGAAGUCUGCUGUGCUGCUUGCUGGCUGCAAGAACACAUCACAAGGAUAAAAAUUAUGGGAUCGGGGAGGUGUCAAGGGUGGCAUGCAAAUGUAUAAAAGUUUGGGAUAAAGGGGACUAGGAGCAAAUGGGUUGACUUCAAUUGCCACUCACUGUGGUGCUUUUCCCAGUUUAUCCCUGAAUUCUGCUUUGAAGAAUAAAUUUGUAUUUGUUUA